CAUGGGCGGGUCACGGGUGGCAGCAGGGGAGGGCCGCCGCGCGCCGGACCAGGCCGUCGGCAGGAGGGCCGCGUCUAGAACCUCCGCACCCCGCGGAACGAAGCUGGAGGCCAUCGAGCUGGAGCUCGAUGCUAAGCCGCCGCCGGUGGCGGGUGGCAGGAGAGCGACGGAGCUGGCCAUGACGCUGCUAGCGGAGCUGUGCGCGUGCGCGGAUGGGUGCGCGGCGGUGACCGCGCCCCAAGAAGGGCGUCGUCGUGGUGGCGCGGCGGCUGCUGCGCCGUGGCCUGCGGACCGAAGCUGUGGCCGGCGCUACGAAACAGGUGGGAAGCAAGAAGGCCUCUGCACGCCGGAGCAGGGGCAGGCAGGAGGGCCGCUGCUCGCCGGAGCAGGAGGGAGCAAAGUGCGAAUCGGAAGCAGGAGGGGCAAGCCGUAGGUAUGAGUGGUCUGGAGCAAAAAAACCAACAUUGAAGGAUGUCCUACAGCCAAUUUUCCGUUAAUUUAGCGCUAUAUAAACUCUACCCGUGCGUAUUCGAGCCCCCACAUCCUCCCGGCACACGAAGUCUUUGCUAUCACGCCGUUCUCGGCCUCGAGCAGCAGCAGCCAGCAGCAGCAGUGCAGCGCGGGCGUAAGAGCCGGGCGCGCGAAGGAGAAUCCCACGGAGCUUGGCCGACGAUGGCGGCGGCGUGGUGGUGGCCGUCGCUUCCGGCGUGGCUGGGGUCCGAGGCCGUGUGGUUCGUCGCGCUCAACGCCGUGGUCGCCGCCGUCGCAAUCCUGUCCUCCCGUGCGCGGCCAUCUCUGGCGGCGACGCCACGCCGCGGCGGCGGCGGCGUUACGCGCAGGGCCUCCUCGGCGGUGCUGCAGAGCCUCCGCUCCUUCUCCAUCUUCUCCUUCCCGUCCGCCUGCAUGUCGUUCCUCCAGCCCGACGCCGCCGCAGCCGCCUAUCAAGAAACAGAGGAGCUGGUGCGUGUGCGUUCACCCACCAACAAGCCGCUGCCGUCGCCGCGAGCGCUCGUGCUAGCACCACCGCCACCCGUGCCGGCGGCAGGUGAGGAGGAUGUGGACGACAACGAUGAAGAGUACGAGGACGAGGACCCGAACGCGAUGAGCAUGGACGAGGCCUACGCGCUGGUCCUGGCGUCUCGGCAGCGGCCGGAGCGGGAGCAGGAGGAAGCGGCGAGGCUGUCCGUGGUGGAUGCCAAGGCGGAGGAGUUCAUCCGGAGGUUCAAGGAGGACCAGCGGCAGCAGCGGCUCAACUCCAUCUUCAACUACACCCAGAUGCUCAAACAGCGUGGGCUCGCCGGUGGCCGCCGGCCGCCGGAUGCGAGGCCAGAUCAGCUUUAGAGUAUUUGACUCAGUGACGUAUUCAAUUCUUUUAGAUUUUGGUCAGCAUUUUUAGGGGGCCAACUAUCUUUUGAUGUUUUUUUAUACACUUAAGUAUCUUUUGAUUUGGUGUUUUUUGUUUGUUUGUAAAUAAGCUAGCAUAUAGUGUGCAGGUGUAUAUCUUGUGGCUUGGACAGAACUUUUUUUUUCUUGGCCAGAACAUUUGUUUGGUGUAUAUCUUCUAGCUUGAACAUAAUUAUAAUAAUAACAUUGUUCAGUGACA